UAAAGUGAACGACCGGACAGCGCGCGGACGAUUUACAUCGGACGCGGGGAUUAGCAUGUGUUGCUGUUGUCGCCAGUUUUCAGCCAGUUCAUCCAUUAAACAUUGGCCGGGAAGACGGGAAAUGUUUGCAUCGGGAAGCGAUGGGCUUGUCUAGGGGCGCGAUUCGCGGUUCUUGUGAAAUCAGACGGUCGCAAUCGAACCCCCCAUCCGUGGUCGGUUGGAGGAUGGUUGAUUUUAAUUCCAAAAUAAUAAUGCGCCCUUUGGACGGACGCGCGCUGUUGACGAGUCGGUGUCGGGGCGGUCGUAAUCGCAUCAGCACAACAACCGGCCAAUCGGCUACGGAUGAUCAAACAACAGAUUAAACGGAGCGUUUGUGUGUGUGUGUUUGGUUUUGGCAAGGAGCAAACGUUGCAGUUUUGUGAUUAUUUUUAAUGAUUACAUCAUCGUUCUGAAGAAAUUCCAGUAUUGUCGCUUUAAUUUACGCCUAAAGUUAGGCAAUGUUCAACACAAAUUCGAUUUAACAGCAGCGGAAGUGUAUGCGGAUUGCAUACACUCAAUACAAUUCCAUCAAUUAAUGCUCCCAUUCAGUUCAGUGGGUACCUGCGGUCACCCUUAGCGGGUGGUGGGUGAACGAUUUUCCGAUAACGAUUAAAAAUAAAAGCCUUUCGAACGAGAGCUCGAACAGAUCUCAUGCAGCGGACAUGCGACUGUCAUGUGCAGUGGUACCAAGCUUCAUGCAAAACCUUCUCUCUGUCUCUCUCUCCCUUUUCGGAGAACGGAAGAAGACACAGAAAUUAUUACAUCAUUGCCCUGGGUAUCGGGAUGACAGGGGAGUAAGGCGGUGGUAAGACGAACCCCAGUAUUGCGUAAACGUGCGCUGGUGUUGCCUUUGUUCGGGCACAACCGUUGAAACUGUUUGGAUUAUUUUUCAAACCUUUUUUUGUUCUCUCUCUCCGGCUACUAAUACUACAGUGAGUAGGAUCGGAAUUUUGCCACAGACACCUGUUGAUCUGCCGCACACCGUUCACCGACUGUCCGUGGGCCAGGGGAGCUGUUUGCUAGACCUACCGGAAAACGGUGCUACAGAAGAGAGGGCAAAAACCAAGCAAGUGAAAUGCCCGUUCAAUGCUUAUUUAGGAGCCGUUUCUGUUCGCUUUGACCAUGCGCGCCCCACGAAACGGGCACGAAGCUGGCGUUCGGUUUCAACGAAGCGUUUAAUGUGGGAUUUUACGAGUAGGUGGCAUUGUUUUGUGGGAUUUAUUAGGUACAUUAUUAUGGGUUAAGGGAAUACGUUUGAAAACUUCAAGUUUAAAAAAAUGAAAAUCAAACUAGAAUGCUAUUCAAAAUGGUCUCUAACUUGCUAUCAACCGAGUGUUUUGAAAUGACCUCUUCUUGUGUAACUUCCCGCCUUCGAACAUCUCGCUCGAAGCGAUGGAACAUUUCUAUAUCCACGUCAUCUACAUACGCUUAGUAUACCGAAUUGAAGAUGAGCCGCCCCUCUGACCCAGUCACAUUCCAACGGAAACGAACGGAAGGAUACCACUUUCAGGAAUAAGCGAGACAGCAUCCAGACACACCCGAACCGAACGCGAAUGUACACUCUCUCUCGCUCGCUCUGUCUCUCACUUUUGUCCCGAUUCCCGAGCGCUCGAGCGAGCUUAUAAAUGGCGCCCUGUCAGCUACGGUCCGCCCCAAACCGUUCGCAGACAGUGGCCGUGCUGCAAGGAGUGCUGCUGUUUUGCUGCCACAGUGUCACACAGUUGAAGCAAGCCCAACCGCGCGGGUUCGUUGCCGGCGCACAGUUGAAGUCACCGAGGACAGCGCGUUCACUAAGGGUACGACAAACCGCACUGUCUGUCGCCUUUCAGGAUUGCUGUCGUGGAUUAAAAAGUGGGAGUGAGUGUUUGGAAUUUAGUGUGUGUUUGCUUGGAUUGAGUGUUGGAUUGAUGCCAAAGCAAAUCUUGCCACUUCUCACUGUGACUGUGUGUGUGUGUGUUUGGAAGAAGCAAAGCUGGAAAGAAAGCUCCCACACUCACUCUCCCGGUGGCCGCGUGUCAUCCGCGUUGCAUAAUCUAAUUAGAACCCGACGGCCUCCGACGGCUUCACGGGGCAGAUCAUUCCCGGAAUAAUACUAUUAGAGUGUGCCGUGCUGUGCCGUGUCGGCGGCCAUAUACGGGUUUUAGCCGAGCGGUGGCCGCUGGGUGAUUACGACAUGACGGCGCCCUCCUAAGGACGAACGAGAGAUAGAGAGAGAGAUAGAGGGAUAAAGAGAGAACAAAGCUAGAGAAGGAACAACGGAAGACACAAAUGGUUCCAAAUGGCUCCCCCUGUGUUCCUUAUCGGUCGUUAUGCAAUUGUGUUGUUUGUUUGAUUGAUUCAUUCUACGCCGUUGCUUGUUGCAAAUAGUGCAAAUGUACACACAUAUGUUCUAAAAAUAAAAACCUAUGUGUCAUUUGUACUGACCUACAAAGAGCUAAUCAUCAUCAUCAUCAUCAUCACGAGAUGGUGUUGGGUGUGUGUAUCACGCAAUAUCGUUGAUGCGUGAGAGAUAGCGCAACCAAUUGCUGAAUGCGCCGGCAUAUAUCGCAUUACGGAACCGUUAAGCAGCUUACAUGGAUACCUUUAAUCAGCUUCUAAGCGACGAUUGUUCGUGCAAUUUUGAGAGGAUUAUGUGACGUGAAUGUGAUGAUUAAUAAUGUUUCUUUUCGUGUGUGUGUUUGGUAGUUCCUUUGAGUCCUUUUUUAUAGUGCUGGCUCUAUCGUUAAGUGUGUGCAGUGACCUCCAAGUGAAGUAAUAUGAGCAUCCGACGGCACUGUCCAAUGUGAAACGGUGUCUUGGUGUCCGUAUGUGUGUGUCCGUGUGUGCCACGCCAAACUGCGAUCAUGGUGGCGCGCAACUUCUCCCUGCAGGAUCUACCGUACAACCGUGUGCUGCAGGUGCCGGACGAGGAGCGCGAGUUUCUGGCACUGGAUGAGCUGAAACCGCACCAGCUGACCGAGCUCGGUGUGGCGGUUACCUGUGCAUCUUCCGGUGGCGGCCAACAGCAGCAGCAGCAGCAGCUGCAUCAAUCGGCGCCAUCCCAUCGGACACUGGUGGCUGGUGGGGGCGACGGCGAGGUGCCCAAUCCGGUCAUCACGACCGGCGGCCUGUUGCAGAACUAUCACCAUCAUAACGUUUUCUAUGAGCUUGGAGCAGCGACCAACUCACCGUCCAAUGCCAGUGCGGUGCCGACGGAGCACAUGACCGGUGGCCCGGAUGCGUCCCUCCUGGUGGAUCCGUCGCUGGCCGGCACAAUGUCUGCGGUGAGCAAUCUCAGCACCCUCUCGGCCGCCGGUAGCGGCAACCAUCUGCUGCACCUAGUCGACCACGGACACUCGCACCAUGACCACCAGCACUCGGCCGGGGGAGCGCGGAAACGAAAGUUUUCCUUCAAUGAUACGAGCGACAUUGAAGAUGACACCUGUGAUGAUUCAAAAUCCGUCAGAACGGCCGACGAGAGCAAAAAGCAAAACCACAGCGAGAUCGAGAAACGGCGGCGGGACAAAAUGAACACCUACAUCACGGAGCUGUCCGCGAUGAUACCGAUGUGCCAUGCGAUGUCCCGCAAGCUGGAUAAGCUCACCGUGCUGCGGAUGGCGGUGCAGCAUUUGAAAACGAUCCGGGGUGCGGUGCACUCCUACACCGAGGGCCACUACAAGCCGGCCUUCCUGUCCGAUCAGGAGCUGAAGAUGCUGAUAUUGCAAGCGGCCGAAGGGUUCCUGUUUGUGGUCGGGUGCGAUCGGGGCCGAAUACUGUACGUGUCGGAGUCCGUAUCGCACAUACUGAACUACUCGCAGGGUGAUCUUCUUGGGCAGAGUUGGUUCGACAUUCUGCACCCGAAAGACGUCGCGAAAGUGAAGGAGCAACUCUCAUCAUCGGAUUUAAGCCCGCGGGAACGUCUGAUCGAUGCCAAAACAAUGCUGCCGGUAAAGACGGAUGUCCCUCAGGGUGUAACGCGGCUCUGUCCCGGCGCUCGCCGUUCCUUCUUCUGCCGGAUGAAGUGCAAAGCGAACGUGCAGGUGAAGGAGGAAGCCGACCAACCGAACAGUGUGUCCAGCGUGAACAACGUGUGCCAUCGGCGCAAAAAGCAGGUCAAUUCUGACAAGAAGUAUUCCGUGAUACAGUGCACCGGGUACCUGAAAUCGUGGGCCCCGGCCAAGAUCGGGCUGGAGGAGAACGAAACCGACGGUGAGGGCGAUUCGUGCAACCUGUCCUGCCUGGUGGCGGUGGGCCGCGUACAACCCAACCUUAGCCAAAGCUGCAGCCUAUCGUCGAACGGACUGCACACGCCCAGCGGCGCAAAUGGUGGAAGGUCGCGAAAUGGAAGUAACGCCGCCACGGGCCCUGGGUCGGGUGCGGGCGGUGGUGCAACAGGGUCCUCCAGCAACGGUAAUCCUUCGGCAACACCGAGCAAUGGGAGCAACGGGAAGCAGCUGAAUCGCAACACCAUCCCAAACCUGCGCAACGUUCAGUUCAUCUCGCGCCACGCGAUGGACGGGAAGUUUCUGUUUGUGGAUCAGCGAGCCACGCUGGUGCUGGGAUUUCUGCCCCAGGAGCUGCUCGGCACGAGCAUGUACGAGUACUACCACCACGAGGACAUACCGGCACUGGCCGAAUCACACAAGGCCGCCCUGCAGGGGACGCAGUGCGUCACCACCUCCGUCUAUCGGUUGCGCACGAAGGAGACGGGCUUUGUGCGGCUGCAGAGCGAGUGGAAAUCGUUCCGCAAUCCGUGGACGAAGGAGAUCGAGUAUCUGAUCGCGAAGAAUAAUGUGAUCUUGGCGGAGCUGGGCGAUGGCGGGACGGCACGGGCCGGCGGGUACGGGAUGGGUGAGCUCGGCGAUGGUACGGGUGAGCCGGGUUCGGGUGCACCCGGCCAGCCGGGCGUUGGGUAUGAGUUCUUCAAUCACACGAAUGGACGUGAAAUACAGCGCAUGAUCAAUUCGCACGUGGAGGCGAGCAAAAUUGGCCGUCAGAUUGCGGAACAGGUGCUGGACCAUCAGCGACGGGUCGGAGACUCUUCGUCAGAGAGUAGUCCCAAUCCGAACGAACCAACCCUACAACCCGCCUUCAGCUCCGCACUGUCCGAGGCGAACCAUUCGAACGAUGCAAUCACUUCCGGCGAACACAGCAUGGUCACCUCGACCGGCGUGUCGCCUUCCUCGAUGGCCGUCGUGCCGCCGACAGUGACGACGCGCAUCAACGGAACCCUGCCCGGCUACAGCCACGUGCAGACGAACGCCAUCAUCAGCCCGGAACAUGAUGUAUCGCAAACGCAAGCCAGCAGCACGGACGGAAACGAUGAGGCAGCGAUGGCCGUCAUCAUGAGCCUGCUGGAAGCGGAUGCCGGUCUCGGUGGUCCGGUCGAUUUUUCCGGCCUGCCCUGGCCAUUGCCGUAGGGCGUCUUCGCCGACGUGAUUGUAUGACGUUUGUGCAUGUGAGAAAGUUACCAAAUCAACGUUGAAUAGGAAAACGGAAAUGCUUCUGCUCUGGGCGGAGGCGUCCAAUGUACAAAUUGCUUGCAGCUGCAUUUACAUGCGUUAGAGUUAGAGAGCGAAGGAGGGAGAUGGAGUAAAAGGACGAGAGAUGCUACCCUAUAAGGGCAGAAUUAGUACAGCAGGCUGGAGGAAGCUGAGUAAAUAUAGCGGUAAGCUAGCGUUAAUAACGGAUACUGAUUCCUACGGUGCACUGUGAUGGGUGUUUAAAUGAGGUUAUGAACGUAAACAUAGUGGAAAGCAAACAAAAAAGAAUGUACAAAGUAA